AUGCACAGUCCAAUCUGGACCAGUCCGAUACAGCUUCGUCUCUGGACAAUACCUGUGCAAAAGAUUAAUACAUUACGAAAUAACCUAGCGUGUUUAGCAGUAUUAUUAAACAUAAAUGCUCUAAUAUCUGUUAGACAGUGCAGUAAUUACAGUACAAGUUAUGGACAGGAAAUAGUCUGUAGUUUUUAUUUUUAUUUUUUUUAGUUUAUUGUUACCGGAAUAAUAAGUCAAGCGGAUUUAUCAACAAAACGGCUGACAGUAUUGAAAAGAGGGGAAUAUUAAACCAUAUUGUUGUUUUAGGAAGAUUUCCCAGGAAAUUGGACCGCAUUAUCUGACUAAAAAAAAAAAAUUAAUAAUAAUAAGAAAAAAAUAAAAAAGAACGAAAGCGGAGCGUUACAGCGUAGAAUCUCACGGAAAACAGCGCAGCGGUUCACUGCACCCGCCUUCACCGGCGUCCCGGCGCCCAGGAGCGGCUUCGGGAGCUACGCGAGUCCCGAUGCUCCCGGCCUUCUCCACCCCAGCGGGCCGCAAUGUGGGAGACGAAAAUUAUCUACCACCUGGACGACCAGGAGACUCCGUACCUGGUGAAAGUGCCAGUCCCUGCCGAGGAGGUCACUCUGGCACACUUUAAGCAAGUCCUGAAUAAACCCAACUAUAAAUUUUUCUUCAAGUCUAUGGAUGAUGAUUUCGGGGUGGUGAAGGAAGAGAUAUCGGACGAUAACGCCAAGUUGCCAUGUUUCAACGGCCGUGUGGUGUCAUGGUUGGUCUCAGCCGAUGGCUCUCACGGCUCAGAUGGAGGUUCGGUGUGUGCAGAGACUCAGUCUGAUCUUCCUCCUCCAUUAGAGAGGACAGGGGGCAUUGGGGACUCCAGACCGCCCUCCUUCCACGCCAAUGCGGCGGGCAGUCAGGACAACCUGGACAAUGAGACUGAGCCCAACGCCGGGACAUCGGGACGGAGAGACAGAGAGCGAGACCGGGAUCGAGAUAGAGAGCGAACGCGCAGGAAGGACACUCACGACCAUGGAGGCAGGUUAAAUGGUCACUCUCAGCCUGAGCGCAGGCCUGAGACCGCGGGUUAUGAGACCUCCUCUACACUCAUGAGCAGUGAACUGGACACCACCAGCUUCUUCGACUCGGAGGAGGACGACUCGACAAGUCGCUUCAGCAGCUCUACGGAGCAAAGCACAUCAUCACGGCUCUUGAGAAGACAUCGGCGUCGCCGGCGGAAAACCAAACCACCUCGGAUGGAGAGGUCGUCCUCCUUCAGCAGUAUAACAGACUCCACCAUGUCUUUGAACAUCAUCACUGUCACAUUGAACAUGGAGAAGUAUAACUUCCUGGGUAUCAGCAUCGUGGGUCAGAGUAACGAGAGAGGUGACGGUGGCAUCUACAUCGGCUCCAUCAUGAAGGGCGGAGCAGUAGCAGCUGACGGACGCAUUGAGCCAGGCGAUAUGCUGCUCCAGGUGAACGACAUCAACUUUGAGAACAUGAGCAAUGACGAUGCUGUGAGGGUCUUGAGAGAAAUAGUGCACAAACCAGGCCCUAUCACACUGACCGUGGCUAAGUGUUGGGACCCGAAUCCCCGCAGCUGCUUUACCUUACCUCGCAGUGAGCCGAUCCGCCCGAUCGAUCCCGCUGCCUGGGUGUCUCACACCGCGGCGAUGACGGGGGCGUACCCGGUGUACGGCCUGAGUCCCUCCAUGAGCACCAUCACCUCCACCAGCUCCUCCAUCACCAGCUCCAUUCCAGAGACCGAACGCUUUGAGGAUUUCCACUUGUCCAUUCACAGCGAUAUGGCAGCUGUCGCUAAAGCGAUGGCGUCCCCAGAAUCUGGGCUGGAGGUGCGAGACAGGAUGUGGCUGAAAAUAACCAUCCCAAAUGCCUUCAUAGGCUCAGAUGUGGUAGACUGGCUCUAUCAUCAUGUGGAAGGUUUCACAGACCGACGCGAAGCACGGAAAUACGCAAGCAACUUGCUGAAGGCUGGAUACAUUCGCCACACCGUCAACAAAAUCACCUUCUCCGAGCAGUGCUACUACAUCUUCGGAGACCUCUGUGGCAAUAUGGCUAAUCUCUCUUUGCAAGAUCAUGACGGCUCUAGCGCGUCUGAUCAGGACACACUUGCCCCCCUGCCCCACCCAGGAGCUGCUCCGUGGCCCUUUGCUUUCCCCUAUCAGUAUCCCCUCCCUCAGCCCUACAGUCCCCACCCAGUGCAAGAUCCAGCUUACAGCUACACAGCAGGAGGAGGAGGAGGAGGAGGCAGUGCUGGCAGCCCACACAGUGAAGGGAGUCGCAGCAGCGGUUCAAACCGCAGCGGUAAUAAGGCUGGCGCGCUGGAGACAAAGUCGGGCGGAAGUGGUAGCGAGACUGAGAAAAGAGAAAAGGCACCUAGUGAGCGCUCGGCGGCGCCCCCUAGUGAGCGCAGUAUCCACAGCGCCCACAGCGUCCACAGCGUCCACAGUGUCCACAGCGUCCACAGCGCCCACAGCGCACUCUCACAAGGCCAGAACUCCUCAUACGGACCUCCCGCAGCCCCUCCCGCACAGAUCCCGGGUUCUCCAUCAGGCCGAGAUUUGGCAUCGGUGCCCCCUGAACUCACAGCGUCUCGCCAGUCCUUCCGCAUGGCCAUGGGAAACCCCAGCGAGUUCUUCGUAGAUGUCAUGUAAUGCACUUCAGGUGAUUAAUCAGACGACCUGAUCCUCACGCGGAUAUAGAGAUUUCUGGAAAAUGUCCUAGUCACCCUUGUAAGUCUCGAAGGGUGCUGAGUGUUCCAUUGCGUUGUCCUUUCUGUGUCCUGUGGCUUGUACUUUCUUCAGUGAAGAAGACUGGGAUGGUUGGAGCUCGUACCCCUGCGUCCUCCAGAGGCUCUGUGGGAUGGAGGGAUGAGCUCAGAGUGGCAUGAAUACUUUCCGUAUGGUGUCGUUUUUGUUUUGUUUUUUUGUUUCAUCUUUUCAUGUCCUGCAUUUCUGUCUGCAGUUCCUCAUCUAGAGCCGUUUUUAUCAAAGAUUACAAAAGAAGAAAAAAAAACAAAGACCAGCGAGACGGGAGAUGGAGGUAGCGCCUCUCUCUCUCAGUGGCUUUUGCUUUUAAAUGGAUGAAGUGACAUCAUUUCAUAACAAUUCAAAUCACAUUCAAAAGAUGCUAUCAUGAGAAACUAUAGACGAUUGUUUUAUAUUUCGCUUGUCUUGUACGUUCUCUGUCAGUAAUCAUAUGAAGAGUAGGAAAGAGAGGGGGUGGGGAGAGCAGCGGUUUAAUCACAGUGGGCUCCAGAGGCCCCUUUAUUUGCUCGGCCCAGCAGGGGUCUAAAUUGUUUGCCGUUUUACAAGUAAGUAUGAUUGAGUAACCAAUAUGUAGAAAAGUCAUGUCUGCUUGUGUUAAACUUGGCCCACUCCUUACCGCAGUGAUCGAGAGCGUCAUAAGAGGACAGCUCUUCUAGGAAUGAGUCCGUAUAUUAGAUAAUGAGUUUGCCUGAUCAUUUGAAGAUUUUUUUUUUUUUUAAGUUUUCGGGUGAUGUUGUAGCAUCUCGUACCCAGACGCCUGGUUGUCCGAGCUCUCUCAGAGGGCAGGGAUGUGAGACACUGUCUCACCUAUGCGGUUUGACUCACGGUGAGAUGCAGUGUUAGGCACCGUGACCCGCCGCAAGUGACUGCCUGACCAUGAAGUUCUGCAAGGCCCGCGAGCUUCCGCGGGGACCACCAAAAAAAAUUAAACAUGUUUAAUGUCACGCGGAAUGCUGGAAAUGUAAUCACAGCGGCAAAACUCGCGCUGAAUCAUGAUGAACUGUACUUACCCACCGCGCAAAACCGCAUAGGUAAAAUAGGGGUAUAAUCUAAGCCAAUCAUGGAAGUCUGUAAGCUUGUGCGAGUGGAUAGCGCUGCUACCAACGGGGUGUGAGCGAGCAGUUAGAAAAGAUGGAAACACGUAAUAGUGAUAGUCUUCAGUCCUCCCUGACUGGUAGUUGUAGCCUUAAUGGGGUGUCCCCUAAUGGUGGGUGGGUAUUGGCUGUGAGUAAAUUAGGAAGAAAAUUGG